CACCACGCAGCAUUCGAUGGUGUCAUGAGUUCUGUCUCUGCAAGCUGAGAAAAGGCAAUAUGCCUCAAAUUCGAUGGAAAAUGGUUUGCCUUUGCGUCAGAUGUAGUUGAUUUGGGCUGUUCUGUUCUUUUCAUCUCAGACAUACUAUCUACAUAUUCAUCUAUCUUCCUUCAUUCUUCUUGUUGGUCUUUCUGAAUACAAAGUUUCAGUAUUUCCAGUCUUCGCAAUGCCUCCUACGUAUUUCCCUCUUCGGUGGGAGAGCACCGGCGACCAGUGGUGGUAUGCUUCCCCGAUCGACUGGGCUGCUGCUAAUGGCCACUAUGACUUGGUUCGCGAGCUGCUUCGUAUUGAUAGCAACCACCUUUUCAAACUGACCUCCCUCCGCCGUAUUCGGCGCCUGGAAACCGUGUGGGACGACGAAGAGCAGUUCAACGACGUUGCCAAGUUCCGUUCUGAAGUGGCCCGGAAGCUGCUUCAAGAGUGUGAAUCCAAGAAAGGCAAAAACUCUCUCAUUCGAGCAGGCUAUGGUGGGUGGCUUAUGUACACUGCUGCUUCAGCUGGAGAUUAUGGUUUCGUUCAAGAGCUUCUUGAGAGGAACCCACUUCUGGUUUUUGGAGAAGGAGAGUACGGGAUCACUGAUAUACUAUAUGCUGCGGCGAGGAGCAAGAACUGUGAGGUUUUCAGGCUGCUGUUUGAUUUUGCAGUUUCGCCCAGGUUUGCCACAGGAAAAGAUGGUUUGUGGGUGGAGCAUCUUGGGGAAAUUCCUUCUGUUUACAGGUUCGAGAUGACCAAUAGGGCUGUUCAUGCAGCUGCAAGAGGAGGUAAUGUCAAGAUUUUGGAGGAGCUUCUUGCCAAUUGUUCUGAUGUUUUGGCUUAUAGAGACGCUCAGGGCUCUACUGCCUUGCAUGCAGCUGCAGGCAGAGGACGGGUUGAGGUAAUUAAAUAUUUGACAUCAACUUUCGACAUUAUCAACUCGACAGACCAUCAGGGCAACACAGCUCUGCAUGUGGCUGCUUAUAGGGGUCAAUUAGCUGCAGUUGAAGCUCUAGUCUCUGCAUAUCCCACCUUGAUAAGCCAGAAAAACAACGUAGGGGAAACCUUUCUCCACAAGGCUGUGUCUGGUUUCCAGACUCCGGCGUUCCGCAGAUUGGACAGACAAGUGGCGCUUCUGAAGCAGUUACUUAGUGGGAAGAAUUUCCACACGGAAGAAAUCAUCAAUGUGAAGAAUAAUGACGGAAGAACAGCUCUUCACAUGGCCAUCAUAGGAAACAUCCACACUGAUCUUGUCCAACUCUUGAUGACGGCUCCUUCAAUAAACGUCAAUGCCUGUGAUGUGGAUGGCAUGACCCCACUUGAUUAUCUCAGGCAACACCCCGAUUCAGCAUCCUCAGAUAUACUCAUCAGAAAGUUGAUCUCAGCCGGGGGAAUGUUUGGCUGCAGAGAUUAUGAUUCAAGAAAAGCCAUAGCUUCACACUUGAAACAGCAGGGUGGAAGCAGUCCUGGGACAUCCUUUAGAAUCUCAGACACGGAGAUAUUCUUGCACACAGGUAUUGAGAAUAAUGUUUCACAUACUUUUGCUGAUCAGGGAAAUCCAGGAAUGAGUCGAUCUUCAUCAGAACACAAUCUAUGCGGGUCCAACGCCGAGAAUCACUGUAGUGCAGCCACCAGUAAAAGGCCUAGUUCUGUCACGGCAGCUAGACUGAAAAGAGUCCUUCAAUGGCCUCGCGGGAAGGAGAAGAAAGCUGAGAGAUUCAAUGGAGAAACGCCAACCCCUCUCAGAGAAAGAUUCUCCAAGCCAUCGUCGCUUCCAAACAACAAAAGAACACUGUCUGUGAGGAGUCAACAGUCAAGUCCAAACGCGAAGAAGAAGUUUGCUUCAGGGUUAGUGCAUGGAGUGAUGCAGUCCGUGCCACAAGUGAAAGUUUCGCGCAGGUCCCGCUCGAGUUCAUUCUCAAAAUCAUCAAUCUCCUCGCCCAGAUCAUGGGACAAGCAAAAGGGUGUCUAUAUUGAGAAUGAUAUGCCUGGGCCAUCUUACUCGAACCAAGCACCUGAAGAAGAUGAAUCGCCACAUAUGGUGAGGCGAGCCUCUGUGAGUCAAAGGUUGAGAGGGCAUUACUUCUGUUUCGGUGCAGCAGGACUUAAUGUGAAGAACACAGCAAGUAGCAGCAAGCAGCAGGAAAGCCAGGACUUCAAGAAUUAUGUUAUUUCGGUGGCAUAAUUGGUUGGGGAAUGGGAUUAUAGCUAAUUCCUGACAAGUCUGAGAUGACACAAGGGAUAAAAGCUGCUUGUUUAAUGUAUAACUUCUAUGUCGAAAUAAAGAGCAGCUGGUUCCUUAGCUGUGAUUUCAGUCUCCUUAUAGAUUAUACUUUGGUGGUGUAUGUUUUAGGUCGUGUACGAGACUCCACUUACUAGUGGUAACUAUGCUGUGUUAAAUUAUGCU